AUAUCUUCACAUGUUUGCAGUUUGUAGUAGAUCUGCAGAUACCGUGGGCCCGCGGCAAGGAGUUAUCCUGGGCUGCUGCUGCUGCUGUCCUUGGUUGGUACUGGUAGUCGUCGUCACAGCCCCGGCCCUGGGGCCUGCCCACCAGUACAACAGCCUCUGAAGAAAACCCUGGACAGGUUGUUGUUGUUGCUGCUGCUGUUGCUUCGGCAUGUUCGAUCCCUGCCUUCCCAGGAUUCUAGGACGCCCGUAUCUCAAACCAGGCCUUUGUUAAUCCCAUGAUUGCACCGACAAGGAGCCUCCAUGCCAUAUGCCCAAUAUCAGACAAGCAAAUAUCUAACAUGGAAAGGAACUCCGCAACGUCAUGGACUCACGGCCAUCCACGUACCACUCAGGGUCAGACAAGCAGCAUCAACUCUGGAUAACUUGGAGAACAAAUCUACUGGCUCUUGUUGCGCUCCCAGUCCCAGACAAGAUAUUCGAUGGUUCCUUUCCUUUCACGAGAGACUAGGCACGGGUGGCCAACUUGCACAUGAUAAAGACGCCUCUUUGCAGUAGGCUUUUCAGUUCGAUCAUGGGCCCUAGGCCCUGGAGUCGAUGGGCCACAUUAGGCCCAACGAACCUUCACCUUGGUGAAAGGUGAACCACAUCCAGAAGCGAAAAGGAAUCACGAACGGGUGAGCCUGCCUACGGCUGGCUCGACAUCCACGACACACUCCCCCCGCAAACCCUCGCGGCUAGCAAGCAAAAUCGGCUUCAGAUGAGGCCGUACUCGCCGAAUCUCCGGCAAGCCGCUGCCGGCGCCGGCGCCACCAGCGCCCCCCUUGCAGCAGCUCUCGGCAAGAGUUCUUCGAGCUCCCUUAUCCAUGGCCGUCUCAGCUUCGGCCACACGUUGCUGCAGACACCGAACCACCGCGCCAAGAGAGCAGGGUGGGCGGUGCGGGUGCUUCCCCUGACGGAGGAGAACGUGGAGAGGGUGCUGGACGAGGUGCGGCCGAGCCUGAUGCGGGACGGAGGCAACGUCGCCCUGCACGAGAUCGACGGCCUCGUCGUCGUGCUCAUGCUCCAGGGCGCCUGCGGCUCCUGCCCCAGCUCCACCAUGACGCUCAAGAUGGGAAUCGAGUCCCGCCUCCGUGACAAGAUCCCCGAGAUCCUCGAGGUCGAGCAGAUCCACGACACCGAGACCGGGCUUGAGCUCAACACAGAGAACGUCGAGAAGCUGCUAGAUGAGAUCAGGCCGUACCUUUCCGGCACCGGAGGUGGAAGCCUUGAGCUUGUUCAGAUUGACGGUUUCGUCGUCAAGAUUCAAAUCAGUGGACCUGCAGCAGGUGUAAUGACAGUACGUGUAGCUGUAACACAAAAGCUGAGAGAGAAAAUACCAUCGAUCCUGGCUGUUCAGUUGACAGAGUAGAAACAUGUGCAUCAAUCGAAGGAAGACAAAAUUCAGCUUUGUGAUUA